AUGUCGCCAUAUGAAGCCGCGCUCCCUGUGGGUCUCCCGCCCCUCGAGGACAUCCGGACUGGCCCCGAUGCCGCCAUGGAGAUCCUGGCACGUGAGGCCAAGUUCAGGGAGCUGGGCUUGGCCCAGGCCGAGCCACAGCGCCCACAGCGCCAGCCACAGCCAAAGCGGAGGAAGGUGGCCCUGGAGGCACCCACAGAGCCGCGUAGGAGAUCCUCCCGCGUCCAGAUGCUGGCGGGGGGUCCAUCAGCCCAGGAUGACGCACAGGCACAGGCCGGCAACAGUGUAGGGGGGUGGCUUGAACCUGCUGAGGAGCCCGCCCCCGUCUGGGAGGACUCGGCCCUGCGGCACUACCUGGUGGCCGAAACCUGCCAGGAGGCCUCCGCGUCCGCGCCGCCUGCUGGUGGCGGGGCGCAGCGUGAGGGUCCGUGGGCCGACAGCUUCGUGGACGCCACGGGGUUCUCCGACCUGCCCUGCUUCUUGGAGGCGCGCACCCUGGCCCGAGCCUACAGCAUCGACUGCCGGCCCGGGCUGGUGGUUGCGGGUGGAAAGGGCGGCGUUGUUGCCCUCUGGGGCCUGCGCUCCAGGGACGCCUGCCGGGUCGAGGCCGUCCCUGCCCUCCUCCAGGCGUCGCUGCACCGCGGCUGGGUGGCGGACGUCCAGUUCUGGGACCCCCCCGGGAGGGACAUGCACGCUGCUUCCGUCCCCUGGCUCGUCAGCGCUGGAAACGACGGCGCGGUGUGCCUCUGGGACCUGGGCCAGACCCAGGCGGGAGGGUGGGAGCGUGGGAGCGAGGUCCAAAGCGCGUCGCCGCGGCGCCUGGCCGCCGCCCCACCCGACCUCCACUCCGGGGCGGGGGUGUUCUCGCUGCACGCCGCCGCGUCCGCCUGCCUCACCGGCGCCAAGGACGGCAGCGUGGCGGUCUGCGCCCUGCACCCCGCCGGCGCGCUGACGGCGCUGCAGCGCUACGCCGCGCCCCACGCCGGCCGCGUGGUGAAGUCCCCGGCCGGCGUCGCAUCGGUGCGCUGGCACCCGGGCCGGGAGGGCCGCCUGCUGGCCUCCACGUCCCAGGCGCCGGAGCUGCUGAUCCAUGACCUGCGCGCCCCGCGGGAGCCGGUGCACUGCCUGGACGAGGGCGCGGGCCGGCGCCGCCUGCCCGGAAUCUACCAGCCCUGCUUCCUGCCGGGGACCGACUUGCUGACGGCCAGCAGCGCCGGCUCCGCCGCGCUCAGCCUGCACUGCUGCCGCACGGGGGCCACGCUGAGCAGAGGCGCGGUGGGGGGCGAGCUCGGGCCGCUCGCCGCGUGGGGCGGCGACCAGCCCCGGGAGAAGGGCGGCGCGCAGGUCGCGCUGCUGGCCUGCGUGCCGCGCGGGUGCGCCUGCGCGGCAGGCGCGGGCGGUGCCCUCGCCCCUGCCCCCCUGGAUCGUAUCGACUGGGAUGCACAGCCCUCCCACCUGCCCAUCACCCAUGCCUGCCUGAUCCUCCGUCCCUUCACGCAAACUGACAAGCCUGUGCGCGUGACCAAAAGGUAA